AAAUCAUUCGGAACAGUGUGGCAACGCCAUAAGCAAAGUUUUUAUUGUUGUCGGUGUGCGUGUAGUUGUUGUUAUACAAAGGCGCAACUUUUAAGCCAACCAAGUUAUUUAUAGCCGAGAGCAAAGAAUGCUAUAGACAGCAGAAGAAAUUGGAGUAAUUAAGCGUGAUUAGAGAGCAUGGCAACUGCAGUUAGCGAUAUUGUUUUGCUCACAGAUGUGGUGCGAGAUCAAUAUGUUCGCUAUCUGGAGCGCCAGCUGGAGGAGAAUGUUGCCAUGUGGGCGUCCACUUCCAGGAAUCAUCACAAGGCCACAGCUUGGGCAUGCAUUGCCCAUAGCUUGGAAGCUCUAGAGAUGCGGGCGAUUAAAGCCUGUCAGGCUGCACAACUAUAUCAACGUGCCAUGGUCAAGAUGAUAGCCGCCGUUAGACGUAACACACAGGAAUGCCGACUGGCUGAUGCUCUUUUCGACCACAUGCAGCGACAGCAAUUGGUCGAGGAUGCAGCAUCAAUUGACGCCGUCUCUUCCCCACAGUUUGCGGAUAAAUUCACACAAACAUCAACGGCAAAUGGGAAGCAUAGUGACAAUUAUACAAACUACACGCUGGGCCAAAAAAUCGAUUUGUUUCAGACCAGACUCGCUGAGCAUGAAUCGGAGCGCGAAACUGAAGUCCAUGUCAAGCAGCAGGCAACAACUCCCGAGUCUAGCACUGAAGAUGCAGUAGCUCAGGAGUUGGCCAAGUUAUUUGACGAUGAACCAACCGAUUUGAAUGCUUUGUUUGGCAUUGAAACCACUUCAGCCAUGGAUAUUCAUCCAGACUUUACCUGCGCAGAAGCAAAACAACUAAAGCCAAUAACAUCGCCGUCUAUAACUCAGCCGGUUCUCCACAACGAAAACAAGACAGAUCUUAGGCAUAGUCGCUGGCCCUGUGAGUUGUAUGCUCAACGACGUCGUCUUAGCGCCUGUUUGGUGCGUCUGUUGGAUGCGGAUUGGCGCUGUGAGGAUGCCCUGCGAUAUAAAUUCAAUAUGCUAUUUGGGGAGGACAGUGAUGAUGAGUUUGCAACGCACAUAUCUAGUCCAAGCAUUGAUCUAGUCGAUGAGGUGCUGCUGGCCAGCUGCAUAUUACGUAUACGACCUUGGAUUGUGCAUUAUUUGAUGCGUCCACUGCAAGAGGGUCUAAUCGCUAAUCGAUUUCUAUUCAAAAAGCUGGCUAAAAUGCUUGCCAAUAAUAUUGUCCUGGUCAAUCCAUAUGCCAGUGAACGGCAGGUAAAACAGGCCGUCGAACAAAUGUUCUGCAUUCAACCCAAAGGUAUUCAAAGCGAAAAUGAUCUCGAAUUUCUGCCAUCAGUGUUUGUUGAUAGAUUUGAUAGCUGAGUGAGGUCAUCUUAUGCCUGCAAAUCCAAUUAUUCCUAUCAUUUUAGAGAUCUUUACAAUAAAUUAGUUAACAUUACGAAAUAGUAUUGUAUCCACGAUAAGCAAUAAAGUUUUAAGUAUAAUUCCCAGUAA